AUGGUUGCCAAUGUAUGUUACACAUCCACCAUGAAACUCAUGACUGUUGUUGCUGCUCUUACUGAUGAGCACUGGAUCUUAGCAAUGCAGGAGGAACUACUGCAGUUUGAAAGAAAUGAGUCAAAAGGUUUUGUUGAUCUUGUGCAUCGCGAUCAUGUAUACAAGCUGCGUAAGGCACUGUAUGGUCUCAAACAAGCCCUAGAGCCUGUGCAGAUCUAUGUUGAGGACAUUAUAUUUGGUGGCACGUCCUCUGCGUAUGUUAAACAAUUUGUUAAUCAGAUGAAGGGAGAAUUUGAAAUGAGCAUGGUUGGUGAACUGACAUUCUUCAUAGAAUUUCAGAUUAAACAAGACGAAACAGGGAUUUUCUUUUCUCAAGAAAAAUAUGCAAAGAAUCUCAUCUCCAAGUUUAGAAUGGAUAAGGCCAAACCUAAACGAACACCAGCUGCUACUCAUCUGAAAUUGACAAAGGAUGCCACUGGAGAACAAGUUGAUUCAAGUCUAUACAGAAGUAUCAUUGGUAGUUUACUCAACCUCACAGCCAGCAGACCAGAUAUAGCUUUUGCAGUAGGCAUGUGUGCUCGUUAUCAGGCUGACCCUCGAACGUCUCAUCUUCAAAGUGCUAAACGCAUACUGAAAUAUAUAAUAGGUACUGUGAUGCUGACUGGGUCGGAUGUUCGGAUGAUCGGAAGAGCACAUCUGAACGAUGUUGUUUCUUAG